CUGGUCAGAAGGAGUCAAAAGUGUCUCCAAGAGAGCAGAGGCAUGGCAGAGGAGCUGGGGCUGGGCUUUGGGGAAGCAGCCAGAGUGGAAAUGCUGCCGCUGCCAGAAGGCUGCAGACCGGAGGCCAGGGCCAGGCUAGCCGCCAGGAGCAAGGCGUGCUUAGCUGUCACCUGCUGCCUGCUGUCAUUUCUCAUCUUCACAGGACUUAGCACCUUCCUGAUGGUUGGGAAGCUCCAGGCCCGUGGAAAAGACUGUAAGCUGAGGGCUAUACCAGAACAAAAGUCGGAACCUUCAGCACAGCCAGUUUACACACCUUCCAGAGCCAAGCCAAGGGCACACCUGACAAUUCUGAAACAAACCUCAGCGUCACCUCUGCAAAAUCAGUUCACCGCUCUACAGUGGGAGCAUCAACUAGGGUUGGCCUUCACCAAGAACCGGAUGAACUACACCAACAAAUUCUUGGUGAUCCCAGAGUCAGGAGACUAUUUCAUUUACUCCCAGAUCUCAUUUCGACGGACCACAUCUGAGUGUGGUAACAUCAGCCAACGGAGACGACCAAACAAGCCAGAAUCCAUCACCGUGGUCAUCACCAAGAUGACAGACAGCUACCCUGAGCCUGCCCACCUCAUCACAGGGACCAAGUCUGUGUGUGAAAUAAGCAGCAGCUGGUUUCAGCCCCUCUACCUUGGGGCCAUGUUCUCCUUGGAAGAAGGGGAUAGGCUGAUGGUAAAUGUCAGUGAUAUCUCUUUGGUGGAUUACACUAAAGAAGAUAAAACCUUCUUUGGAGCCUUCUUGCUAUAA